AUGCCGAAGAAGAAUCGACCUGCAACUUCGGGCUAUGCCCGUCUCGCACAGGAGGAGGAUAGACACGAAUUCUUCAACUAUGACGAUUCCGACGAUGACGACCUUCAUGGAGUUAAUUCCAGCAACGUUUCCCAAUCCGCCCCUCGAUAUGCUCCCAUCUCCUCUCGAGCCCAAAUGCAGGCCUCCGGGCUCUCCACACCUCCCGAAUAUCGACGAAGACAUAGUGGUCAUUACCAUCGACGAGGACGCAGGAACUCCGGUGUAGACAUCAAGGCCAUCAACGCGCGUCUUGAACGUUGGGCCGAGGAAAUUGCCUCCAAGUUCAAGAUCAACAAGGUUAAGGGGAAAACGCUAGAGGAGGAGAGGCUGGAAAUUUACCACUCCGUUUUCCAAGCUCCAGAGGGCGUUCGACCGGUCACUGCGGAGACGCUCGAAUCCGAGGAGAUGGAAGGCGCUGCACGGCGAGCGCGGGGUGAAUUCGAAGAUGUGGUGGAAAGUGUCCGUGUGGCGAUCGAGUUAGGGACUCAUCCUCGCAUGAUCUCCCAGGGAAGUUCCGGUAGCUACUUCGCGCGCAACAGCGAAGGGAAAGUGGUGGGCGUCUUCAAACCCAAGGAUGAGGAACCCUAUGCGUCUCGCAACCCCAAGUGGACAAAGUGGAUUCACCGGAACUUGUUCCCGUGCUUCUUUGGACGGGCAUGUUUGAUUCCUAACCUUUCUUACGUAUCGGAAGCGGCGGCCUAUGUCCUUGACGCGCGUCUACAGACUCACAUGGUUCCUUACACCGAUAUCGUCUGGUUAUCCUCGAAAUCAUUCUUCUACGACUUCUGGGACCGGAGAAAAGCCUGGAUGGGCAAGAAACAGCUCCCUCCCAAGGUAGGCAGUUUCCAAGUGUUCCUCAAGGGAUACAAAGAUGCGAAUAUAUUCCUGCGAGAACACCCAUGGCCCGACCAAGCCAACACUGGAUUUCGUGCGGAGGAUGCGCCGAAACGAAAGAAGCGGCCAUGGAACGAGUCCUGUCGUCCAUCCGGGAUCCAUUCGGAUGAUGAGGAUGAAGAUGAAUACGCAGACGGUGAUGUGCCGUCGCCGUCGCCACGCGAACAGAGCAACGAGCGCCGAUUCCAGUGGACCGAAGGGCUCAAACAAUCGUUCAGAGAAGCAUUGGAGAAACUUGUCAUUCUUGACUACAUUAUGCGCAACACAGACCGUGGUCUGGAUAAUUGGAUGAUCAAAAUCGACUCGUUUUCAGAAGAGGUCUCUAUUGUCGCUGAUCCUCCGAAGUCGAACGGGAACAGCCCGCAGCCAGGUAAUGACGAGGAUGAUGACUACUUGCGUCCAGCACAACCUGUUUCCUUGAACCCAAAUCAAAACCAAAGCACCAGCGCACCGUAUCCUUACAAACGUCACGAAACCAUGGUUGCUAUUAGCCGCACCGGGACACCUUUGAGCGGACAACAAGAACCGCCGGUUUCGAUUCAGAUCGGAGCCAUUGACAAUAGUUUGUCAUGGCCAUGGAAGCAUCCUGACGCAUGGCGAAGCUUCCCCUUCGGAUGGCUAUUCCUUCCCGUCUCCCUUAUCGGACAGCCGUUUUCGCAACGAACGAGGGAUCAUUUCUUACCGCUUCUGACUUCGACGGCAUGGUGGAGUGGCACGCAAAUGGCUCUCCGGAAAAUAUUCGCGCAGGACGACGAUUUCAAGGAGAGCAUGUUUGCCCGACAAAUGGCCGUCAUGAAGGGUCAAGCUUGGAAUGUCGUAGAGACUCUGAAGCAUCCGGACCAUGGUCCUUUGGAACUAACAAGGCGGACGCGGGUGUGUGUCUGGGAUGACUUGGUGGAUGUUCCCGUUGCAAUUCCUCUCCGCGCCCCGUCGACAGACGCACAAAAACGCAAGGCGCGGCAAUACGACCCCGACAAUGAGGAGAUGGACAUUGGUGCGGCCAUGUCGUUGCAAUCCGACCACGACCUCUUAGGUCUCGGAUCCCCCUCAAGUGAACUCCCCAACCCGAACCGAUUCGAACUUGCCCGUGAUCGAGGCGAAUCCAGCAAGCUGGGCGGCAGUCCUGCAACGAUCGAUGCGCAUGAAGUCAACCGAGGUAGCAUUGACGGACUUAGCACCAACGGGAGAGACCUGGACAGGAGCUGGGCUACUCUCCCUCCUCGGCCCCAUGCCAAAUCUGCCAGCAUUGGCGGUCACCGUAAGAAUGACUCACUCUCCACUGUCCGCAACCAGGCAGCCUUUGUCUUUGGUAGCGAUGACCUGGAAGGUGACCUGGGGUACGCUGCCGCAGAAGGUAUGGAAGGAAACCAGCGCAAGGUCAUUGUGGAACGUUUGGAGGCCGUUAAGAGCAAGAACCCAGUUUUCACGAAACAGAUCCAGACAAACGGUAACAAUGGCCCCAGAUAUACCCCCUCUGGUCCCUCAAAUCUAUACGACGAUGCGACUUCCGCAAAGGGCCCUGGCAUUAAUGGCACUUUGUGCUUCCCGUCGCGGAUCCGUUGCCCCUCUCCACCCGAGGACCCUGUUUAUGGUUAUUCUAGUCCGGAUGCAGCUGCUUCGCAGUCAGUUGGCUUACAUGGUGAAGGAACAACAGGACAGUCGGAUCCCGGUCGUCAGUCGUCACGCGGCCAUGCGACUGCGCCCUCCAUCGCACCGCCAGGCACCGUCACCGCCACCCACCAGUUUCUCAGCCCCCAACGCCUUCCAUUAUCGAGGACAACCGCGAAAUCAAGGUCGCCACGGCGGGAUUCGAGUCGGUCGAGUAGCGUCGGGAAUAGAGCGGCUGGGUCGCCACAGCGUGCUGUGAGAUUAGAACCGACAUUUGAUGUGCAGUUUGCGACGCCGACAGAGUUUGAGAAUGGGAAUAACGAGAAUGGAGCUACCGGUGCGCAUCAUGGCAGCUUGUUAGAGGAUAUGUAUGGCGUGGAGAGACGGGAAAACCAGCCGCGCAAGAGGAUCAAGACCGUUGAUCCGUUUGAUGAGCAGCAACAGCAGGCGAAACGCAGGAACUUCACAAUGGCCGGGAAUAGUGGGUUGGGGGAAUGGAUGAAGGAAGACCACGGCGAAUCUAAGCAGUCUUUCCCUGCCACAAACAUCGUGGAUCUGACACUAGGUAAGAAGAAUGAAACCACAAACGGUGGUACCCUGCUGAGUUAUGAAUUCCCAGACGCUCCCAAUUACGGCGACGAUGACGACCUGCAAGUUACCGGUUCCAAUAACCUCAGCAUCCAAAGAGUCUGCUACGGAAAGUUAGAAAAUGCGAUGGUUCAAGCGAUUAUGGUUCCUAGACCAGCUGCGCAGAACAUCUUCGGAGACUCGGAACACGACUGGCCAUCGCUAAAGUUAGGAGUGCACAGGGAAGCAAACCAGGGCAACAAUCGGAUAGAUGUAUCUGAUCCCCAUGAGAAAAUAUUCGGAGCAAUAGACUGCAAAACCGCAGCAGUGAUUGUUCCCUUAAUCGAUUCUCCUGCCUUGAAGGUGGAUAUCACGGCUCGAUUGGACGUUCGAAGACGGUCACCAGAUGAAUACCCAUGGGGACCUUGUUCCGCAUUCUACCGUGCAUCUAUCAACCUCUAUGGCCUCAGGAAGGACGCGGACAUUGUCGGGAGACACCUCGGCCAGAAUAAUGUCUGGCUGGGGACUCCGAACUCUGUCGAACAAGGCGUUCCGGUAUUUAAUCCACAUGCAGAACGCCGACGUGCUCAAGCAUCUUUCUUACCAGCAGUAGCGGCGCGUGGUCGGUCGGGGGUUAACUAUGAGGUUCGAACAGCCGAGGAAGUCAACGAUGCCGUCAUGAAGAUGUUUGAUCAGUUGCAAAGUGCGGAGAAUCUCCCAGAAAUGGAGCCUCCUUCGAUUAUUUCCACUCCACUCCUGCGUCACCAAAGGCAGGGACUCUGGUAUAUGACGGAAAAGGAAAAACCGCGCAAAUUCGGCCCUAAGGAAGAAGAUAACAAUUCGCUUUGGAGGAUAGACUAUCGCCCCAACGGGACGAAAAAGUACCGUGAGAUUAUCAGUGGCUUGGUCCUUGAUGAGGAACCUCCGCAAAGCUUGGGCGGUCUACUAGCGGACAUGAUGGGAUUAGGGAAAACGUUAAGUAUCCUUUCGCUUGUCGCAACUUCGCUCGAGCAGGCUAGCGAGUGGGAAAAUAUGACGCCACAUCCGGAGCUCGUUAAAACCCUACCAAGCAUUCGCAAUACCAGAACUACGCUGCUGGUAGCUCCUCUCAGUGCCGUCAACAACUGGGUGUCACAAAUCAAGGAGCAUGUUGUUGAGGACGGCCUUUCUUACUACGUCUUCCACGGCUCGAACCGGACAUCCGACGUCGACAAACUGUCCCAGUAUGAUCUAGUGAUUACGACCUACAGCAUCGUACUCAGCGAGAUAUCCGGGCGUGGUUCAAAACGCGGCGGUAUGAGUCCUUUGACAAAAAUGAACAUGUUCCGGAUUGUGCUCGACGAGGCGCACACGAUACGAGAGCAAAGUGCUGCCCAGACACAAGCGAUCUUCAAGUUGAACUCUGAACGACGCUGGUCGGUAACGGGUACCCCCAUCCAAAACCGCCUGGAUGAUCUCCUUUCUGUGACCAAGUUCCUUGGACUAGUCCCGUAUGAUGAUCGAUCCCGAUUCGCGAUGCAUAUCCUUAGCAGGUUCAAAACUGGUGAUGCUACGGUCUUGGCAAGUCUACGUGUGCUUGUUGACUCGUUUACUCUCCGUCGGGUCAAGGAUAAAAUUGAUAUCCCUACUCGCCAUGAUAAGAUCAUCACCCUCGACUUCUCUGAUAAGGAACGACAGCUGCAUGAAUUCUUCCGGAAGGAAUCGAAUGUGAUGAUGAGUGUGAUUGCCGGCCAAGACCAGACGAAGAUGAAGGGGCGGAUGUACCACCACGUUCUCAAGGCAAUGAUGAUUUUACGACAGAUUAGUGCGCAUGGAAAAGAGCUCUUGGAACCUGAGGACCGUGAGCGGAUUAAGGGGGUUAGCGCACAUGAUGCUAUUGACCUGGAAGAGGGUGGUGAAGUUACGACGGGACUCUCGGAUAAGAAGGCAUAUGAGAUGUUCACGCUGAUGCAGCAAUCGUCAGCAGAUGCUUGCGCAGUGUGUGCGAAGCGUUUGGAGGAGCCGAGUACGGAAACCGGUGCUUCAGACAAGAAAACCGCAAUGGCCAUUGUGCUUCCUUGCUUCGAUGUCCUUUGCCCAGAUUGUUUCUCUGGCUGGAAGAAGGUGUUUAAGCCUCAAACGAAUGGGUCUUUGAACGAUAUAAAAUGCCAGAUUUGCGAAGGAUGGAUUCCAGCAUCAUACUCUACGAUCACUCCGGCAGGCCUCCAGGAAUACGAAGUGAACCAAGCCCAGGCAAAACAGAACCGGAAGCAAGCCAAGGCAAUUGGAGAAUACGAAGGACCGCACACUAAGACGAACGCCCUCCUAGCCUCAAUCCUGGAUUCCGCAGAAGAGACCAAGACCUUUCCCGAAGCCGAGAAACCGAUAAAAUCCGUCGUGUUUUCCGCCUGGACCUCCCAUCUCGACCUAAUCGAAAUUGCCCUCAAAGACAACGGCAUCACAGGCUAUACCCGUCUAGACGGCACAAUGUCCCUCUCAGCCCGCCACCACGCCCUCGAAGCCUUCCACAACGACAACAGCAUCACCAUCCUCCUCGCCACCAUCGGCGCCGGCGGCGUGGGCCUGAACCUAACCGCUGCGUCUAAUGUCUACAUAAUGGAGCCGCAAUAUAACCCCGCGGCUGUGGCACAGGCUAUCGACCGUGUACAUCGUUUGGGGCAGACGAGGGAGGUUAACACGGUACAGUUUGUGAUGAAGGAGAGUAUUGAGGAGAAGAUCUUCGAGUUGGCAAAGAAGAAGCAGCAGUUGGCGGAUUUGAGUAUGAACCGGGGGAAAUUGGAUAAGAAAGACGUUCAGGAGGCGAGGAUGCAAGAGUAUAGAAGCUUGUUUCGGUGA